AUUACUAUCCUCAGCCCUUGCGGCACUCUCUUUGUUGCCAUCUACUACUGUAGCAGCACCUCUCAAUUCAACAAACGCGAUCUCAAAUUCAACUAUGGCGGCGAGAAAGUCCGAGGAGUCAACCUUGGUGGUUGGUUUGUCCUCGAGCCUUGGAUCACUCCCAGCAUCUUCGAGGCAACACCCGACAAUGUAGUGGACGUUGCAANNGAAUACACCUACUGCCAAACACUUGGCUCCACCGAAGCAUACAACAGACUCUCAAACCAUUGGGACACUUGGAUCACCGAAGACGACUUGCACCAAAUCGCAGCCGCAGGCAUGAAUCACGUCCGCAUUCCCAUCGGCUACUGGUCAAUCAUCAAAGACGACAACGCACCAUACGUACAAGGCGCAUACGAAUUCCUCGGUCGAGCAUUGGACUGGGCAAGCGGCGCUGGUCUCAAAGUCAUGAUUGACCUUCACGGAGGUUCGUUGCCUCUCUUUCCAUACCAAACACCAACACCAACACUGACACAACCACAGNCACCCUACUCGCAAAACGGCUUCGACAACUCUGGACAGAGAGGCGGUGUUGGCUGGGGCCAAGGCGACUCGAUCAGCAGAACCAUCUCUGCACUCAACAAGAUCCGCGAUGACAUGGGCAGCCACCCUGCCGUUUCGACCAUUGAGCUUUUGAACGAGCCAAUGGGUUCGUCGAUUGGUAUGGACAAGGUUCGCCAGUUCUACAUGGAUGGUUGGGGUAACCUCAAGUCCACCAACCUGGUCGUCACUUUCCACGAUGCCUUUGCUGGUGUCAAUGCUUGGAAUGACUGGGGUAGUGGCAUGUGGAACUUGUUGCUUGAUACUGUCUUUGACAGUGGUGUCUUGAAGAACGACAUCGGUACCCAUAUCUCAAGCGCUUGCGCAUUCGGCGCAUCCAUGGCAACCAACAACAAGUGGACUAUUUCUGGCGAGUGGACAGGCGCAAUGUCCGACUGUGCUCAAUUUGGAGCAAGAUACGACGGAACAUACAACUACAACGGCCAAUCAUCAUCCUACAUUGGAAGCUGCGAUGGCAAAUACCACGGCACAGUCGCUGGCCUCGACGCCACCUACAGAGACAACAUUGGCAAGUUCAUCGAAGCUCAACUCGACGGCUACGAGAAGGCUGCCGGCUGGAUCUUCUGGACUUGGAAGACUGGUAUGUGGCUCGAAAUCUAUUUUGGACUUCUUGAAGCGAUGCUAAUAAGAAUGCAGNAGGGCGCUCCCGAAUGGGACAUGCAGGCACUGCUGCAGAACGGAGUAUUCCCCAACCCCGUCACCAACCGAAACCACCCUGGUCAAUGCAAC